AUGAUGUUGAAAGUAUUAUGUGCUAACCAUGUGGUGGUGGUGGUGGUGGUGGUAAUGGUGGUAGUGAGUGGUGGUGGGUGGUGGGUGGUGGGUGGUGGUGGUUGUGGUGGUAGAGGUGGAGGUGGUGGAGGUAGUGGUGGCAGUGAUGGAGAUGGUUUUAGAGGUGGUGGUAGUGGAGCAUGUGCAGGUGGUGGUGGUAGAGGUGCAUGUGGAGGAGGUGGUGGUAGUGGUGGUGAUGUGUGGUGGAGGUGUGGUGGUGAUGGUGAUGGAGGUGAAGGUGACGGUGGUGAUGGUAGAUGA